GCAAUUGGUCUUUCACUGAUUCAGUGCUUUGCUUUGAUGGCAAACGGCGGCGUUUUGCACGUAGUGGUAUUCCCAUGGCUAGCCUUAGGCCAUCUCAUUCCCUAUGCUCGUCUCGCCAUUUGUUUAGCCCAAAAGGGCCUUAAAGUUUCCUUCAUAUCAACCCCAAGGAACCUCGGUAGAAUUCCCAAAAUACCCCCACACCUCUCCUCCGCCGUAAACCUCGUUGGCUUCCCUCUGCCCCCCGUCGACGGUCUUCCGAUCGCCGCCGAGGCUUCCUCCGACGUACCGUACAACAAGCAACAGCUAUUGAAGAAGGCCUUCGACUCUUUGGAAUCGCCGUUGACCGAUUUGAUUCGCGAUUUAAAUCCCGAUUGGAUUAUCUACGAUUACGCCUCUCACUGGCUUCCGCCAAUCGCGGCAGAGCUCCGUAUAUCGACUGUUUACUUCAGCCUCUUCACCGCUGCGUUCCUUGCCUUCCUCGGCCCGCCGUCGGAGCUGUCCGAUGGCGGAGGUUCCCGGUCAACGGUGGAGGACUUCAUGAAGGUUCCUGAGUGGAUGCCUCCAGAAUCAAACAUCCUCUUCCGGUACCAUGAGAUAAAAAAAUCUUUAGAUGGAGCAACCGGAAAUGAAUCCGGAACGUCCGAUUCAAUCAGAUUUGGUGUUUCAAUCGAAGAGAGUGUGGCUGUGGCCGUAAGAAGCUCCCCGGAACUGGAACCGGAAUCGUUCGAUUUGCUCUCAAAGCUCUACCAGAAGCCAGUCAUUCCGAUUGGAUUCCUACCUCCAUCAACGGAAGACGCAGAGGAACUGAGCGGAGAUAUCAAAGAAUGGUUGGCGAAACAGAAACCGAACUCGGUUCUGUACGUUUCAUUUGGAACUGAGGCAUUUCUAAGUCAAGAAGACGUCACUGAACUAGCCUUCGGGCUGAAGAAAUCAGAGAUUCCAUUUUUGUGGAUUCUGAGAAGAAAUUCACAUAAGAACGAGUCAGAAAUGUUACCAGCCAGAUUCAAGGAGCAAGUCGGAGGCCGAGGAUUGCUUCACAAAGGAUGGAUCUCACAGGUGAAGGUACUGAGUCACAACUCGGUUGGCGGCUGUUUGACUCACUGUGGAUGGAACUCAAUCAUAGAAGGGCUCGGAUUCGGGCGAGUCAUGAUUCUGUUUCCUGUAGUGAACGACCAGGGAUUGAACGCAAGACUGUUGGAGGAGAAGAAACUCGGAAUCGAGAUCGAGAGGAAUGAAAGAGAUGGAUCAUUCACGCGCGACUCAGUUUCAGAAUCGGUGAGGUCGGCCAUGGCAGAAGGUUCAGACACAGGCAAACGGUUGAAACAGAGAGCAAUGGAAAUGAAAGAGUUGUUUGGAGACGGAGAUAAGAAUGAACGUCACCUGGACGAGUUUGUGCACUUUCUCAAGUCAAAACAAAAAUGAACGGUCUAGACCGUUCAGUAAUAAAAUAUAGAUUAAAUUAUUCAAAAUUCCCUAAUAAAAUUAAAUUACUGGACUGCUCAUGGCCCAUCUAUAAUUUGGGCCGGUCAGCUCAGGCCCAAACUAUAAUUUGGGCCGAUCAAGCUGUCAGGAGCCCAGCCCAUUCGGAUAGAGAUGAUCCUAUGUCGUUUUACAAA